AUGGCUCGUAAGUUCUCCCAUACCGGCAAUGUGCGAGAUGAUGGCGCCAUCGACAAAACAGCAGCUCACGAGUCACAUCUUCUCGUGAAAUCACACAGAUGCUAUCAUGAAGCUGUGAUUUUGAUAAAACACGUCAGCCCAGCCCAGUUCCAGGUGCAGGCCGAGAACCUUAGCCGAUGUUGGGAUUCUUGGCUUGUUGUGGCAGGGUGGCUGGCUAUGCCACUGCGUCCAAAUCCUUGUUGGCCAUAUUUUCCGCAGCACCGGGCAGCGGGAUUUAGUAAUGACAAAAUCGUGAAGUGA